AUGCACCGAGAGUGCUCUUUCCGCAGCUAUGGGGCGAGAACGAUGAUGAUCGAGUUUGCUGAGAAGGGAGGAGCUGAUGACAUGAUAGCUUUCUAUGAAUUCAUCAAUAAAUCUCUAGCUGUGAAUGUCUCGCUGACUCGAUUGAAGGAGAAAGUCGUCAGAUUGAGUAAGAUAUUCAAGAAUCGUGCCAAAGGGAAGAACGGUUUGGACAACAGCUUUAGCAAAACUCAUGACCAGAAACCUUUCGACGAAGAAGAUCUGGGACAGCCAUACCCCUUUGAGGAGUUCUACAAGACAAUCAAAGUCAUCGUGGGUGAUAAGGUUGAGAAGGUGAUGGUGGGUGUAGCGCCAACAAGAAGAGGAUCAUCAAGGCUGAAGCUGAGGGACAACAACCUGGGUCCAUACACGUCUAGCAAGAAGACCAUGGACAAGCUGAGGAAGAGUGAUGAUGCUGAUAAGAACGACAAGUCUGUUAUGGAUCUUGUGCUACUGCUGUUCGACACUGCGUUGCCGACCUCUAGGUUCAGUGUUGAGGGCACUUUGGCAACCAGGAUUCACAGGAUGUUGAAACUUGAGCUGAGCACUGAUGAGGAUGAUCUGGUUGGUGGUGAUGAGUCGGAGAUGCCUUCACUUGAGGAUGAUGGUGUUGUCGAAAUCACAGAUGGGUUUGGGACAGAUCAGAAUUUGCAGUAG